UUUGGAAAUCUUUUCUGUGACGCCAGUGCGCAUGCGCAGUUUGUCUCCUUCACUUUGUCCUGUAGCUGUUAGUGUCAAAUCUGAAACACAGGACACUUAAACAGCAACAACAACAACAUCCACGAUCAGAUAUAAUGGCUGUUCCUCCUGCAUACUCAGACCUGGGAAAAGCAGCCAAGGACAUCUUCAGCAAGGGUUACGGUUUUGGGAUUGUUAAAUUGGACCUCAAGACUAAAUCUCAAAAUGGAGUGGAGUUCAACACAUCUGGAUCCGCCAACACGGACACGGGAAAAGCCGGCGGGAGUUUGGAGACCAAGUAUAAAAUGAGUGAUCUGGGAUUGAGUUUGAACCAGAAGUGGAACACAGACAACAUGCUCAGUACAGAAGUCUCUGUGGAAGACCAGCUUGCGCAGGGGUUGAAAGUGGCCCUGGAUACAUCUUUUGUCCCAAACACAGGUAAGAGGAGCGGUAAACUGAAGACUGGCUACAAGCGUGACUUUGUCAACAUGAGCUGCGACAUUGAUUUUGAGGGUCCGGUCGUGCACUCUUCAGCGGUUCUGGGAUAUGAAGGCUGGCUCGCGGGCUACCAGAUGGCGUUUGACACGGCCAAGUCCAAACUGGUGCAAAAUCACUUCGCUCUGGGAUACAAGACCGGAGACUUCCAGCUUCACACCAACGUUAAUGAUGGAGCUGAGUUCGGAGGAUCGGUCUAUCAGAAGGUGAAUGAUCAGCUGGAGACGGCCGUCACUUUGUCCUGGACUGCCGGCAGCAACAACACGCGCUUCGGAGUUGCUGCAAAGUACCAGCUAGAUAAAGAUGCCUCGUUGUCUGCCAAAGUGAACAAUUCCAGCCUGAUUGGAGUUGGUUACACUCAGAGUCUUCGACCUGGGGUGAAACUCACUCUCUCGGCUCUCAUCGAUGGAAAAAACUUCAACACCGGCGGACACAAGGUUGGACUGGGUUUUGAGCUGGAAGCGUAGCUGCCGUAGUGCAAAAGACACUGAAGACGAGAGACCCAGUCCUCACAACCCUCCUGCAUCACACACUAGCACCUGAUGACUAACAACACUUAGCGGCAUGUUGAUGGUUUUUGCAAGUCUGUGGGAGUUGAGUGAUUCUGAUCUGAUCUGAUCUGGCCUUCUAAGGGAAAUAUUUGCCGGUCAGCAAAUUUAUUUAACGAUGGUCGGAUAUUUACUGUAGACCACCUGCAGCAAACCAAAAUACACAAGUAAUGGUAGAUUUGCAAGCAUGGUAGAAACAUUUGGAGUGUUUCUCUGGUGAUGUCAGUGCAUGCUAAGCACUUACAUUUGUUUUAUUGCGUUGUUGACUGAAGGUCAGAAAAUGCAUGAUGGUAGUUGAGAUUAUUUCUCAGGAUGCAGCAUUAGAGUGACGCCGCACUUAUAGAGCUUUAGGCGUAGACAGCUCACAGGAAACUGACAAGACAGCAUGUGUAUUUUUAGAGCUUGCAAUACUUUCUUAUCUUACACACUCAUUGAUGGUUAGAAAGCAACUCUUUACUGUGGGAAAAAUCAUGCUAGCAACCCACUUCAAAUGUGUUCUGGUGUACAAAACAGCAAUUUGAUCAUCAAGCACUUUAUGGGUACAGGUAUCAAUGCGUUGUACAUACCAACUGCUUUUACCACACAUAUAUAUAUAUAUAUAUAGCACAAAAGUUUGGACACAUUUCUAUGUUUUUGAAAGAAGUCCUUUAUGCUCAUCAAGCCUGCAUUUAUUUGAUCAAAAGUCUAUUAGAAUGACUUCUGAAGGAUCAUGUGACACUAAAGGGUGGAGUAAUGGCUAAUCAAAAUUCAGCUUUGUAUCACAGAAAUAAAUUAUAUUUUAAAGUAUAAUAAAAUAGAAAACCAUUAAGCCCAAAGUAUAGUUAACUUUUUACGCGUAUGCAUUGAUCAGCGUACAGUGCGUGUGACGCAAAUCUCCCCCCAGGAAAUCGAGUCCCCCCAGGAAUCGGGUCUCCUUCAGGACCCCAAGUGAUCCCAUUGGUUCAACAGACUUUUAAUGGGUAGUAUUUUUAGCGCCUGAUUAUAAUUCCUGCAAAAGUCACGUUAUGAUUUAUAUCAUUUAAAAUGUGUUAUAAUGACCUUUAAUGUCUUUUAAAUUACAUGAUUCAUAUAUACUAGUAUAUAACUGAAGCUAUAGGUUUUGAAAUAAAGCAUAUCUCGUUCUUACUGGUUUUUUUUGUAGCUUUUGUACUAGCAUGGCAUACGUCUACCCGAUUAGCCUGCUAGCUUAGCUUAUAUUAUAUUAGGUAUGUUUUUUGUUUCCAACAUCUGUUUCCAGUUUGUUUUAUUAUGCAAUACAAAGGCAUUCAUUUUAUAUUUCAAGCAUUUUGUUUGUGCACUUAAUGUAAUAAACAUCAUAGACUGUGCGCGUAAAAAAACAAAGUAUACCCAGGGCUUUAUUUUAAAUUGUAAAAAUAUUUCACAAUAUUGCUGUUUUUCUGUAUUUUUGAUCAAAAAUAGUAAUGUGUCCACUUUUGAUGGGUACUAUAUAUAUAUAUAUAUAUAUACAUACACUAAUUAUACAAUUAUCUUGGUCUUUGUACCUCAUUUUUCCAGUGGAAAAUAAAUUCUAAUAAACAAAGAAAAAUGUUG